CACGUGCUCCCAGCUCAUCUGUGUGUGCCUGGGGGUGAGCGUGUAGCUGGAGGGCUUUCCUCUUGGAAAUUUGGGGAUUAAUGACACGUUAAGCCCUCUCCAAGGGAUUGGAUUGAAAAAGGAAAAAAAAAAAAAUUGAAACAGGCAGGCAGGCUCAUGUCUUUUCCUGCAAAGUUUGGUACUUCAAAAGUUAACUUCUAAGGAACUGCAGAUAUAUGGAUAAAGCCUCUCUCGGACAAUAUGCAGCAGCCCUCACCUUCCCACCAGCAUCUCCAGCUUGUUGCCUACCUCUGCUGCAUUCCCUUGUUGCUCAUUAGCACGGAGUCCGCUCCACUAGCUCCUGAGUGCUCCCCGGAGGGACACCGCAUCCUCCGCAACCCCUACCGCAGCACCAGGUUCGACUCGCUGGAACUGCAGCGAACGGUGAUCCAGGACCUGGUUUGCGAUCACUCCCUGCCCCACGCCUGGUACCGCUUCAUGAUCCACAACAGGCCUGCAGAAAUGCCAACAAAAUGUAUAGAAAUGAACAAAUGUGGGACACAAGCUCCGGUGUGGCUGUCGCUGAAAUCCCAAUCCCUGCCCGCUCCCGGAGAAAGCAAGCAGCUCACGGCCUGCGCCACGUGGCAGUUCUUCUUCGGCAGCGCCAAGGACUGCUGCUUGUUUCGAAUACCCGUCACCGUCCGAAACUGCGGCGCGUUCUUCGUUUAUCUCUUACAGCCUACUCAAGGAUGCAUGGGCUACUGCGCCGAAGAAAAAUUCAUGAGCCUGGCUUUGCAACCAGUGAUAACUCCUGAACUUGCGCAAAAUCGUGCCCGUCUCAAAUGCAGUUACAAGCAGCCUUCCUCAAACCAGCCGCUGCACUACGAGGUGGUCUGGUCACGCCUUUCCACCGCUGGCGCGAAAGAAGAGAUCCAUCGUGACACCACUCCGCAGUCGUUCUCCUGCGUAGAGAUGAAUGGCGUUGAUCUCAGACUGGGAGACACGGUCUUUUGCACUGUCACUGCUUUUAUGAAGGACACUCCUGAUCAGCAGUCAUUACCUGAAGAGAGCAGCGGAUUCUAUGCAGGGAUUAAGUUUUUACCAGAAUCAUUACAAAUUGCAGAGGAUGGCAAAGAGCAUGUUUUGACCAUUUUGAGUACUGUACCUAUUACCUGUUCUGGGCAUGACGAUUCCUGCAAAAUUACUUUACAGCUAAGUACUGAGGAUUUGGAUAGCCAAUUCCUGGGGCCCCCAAACAUAGCCCUUUCGGCAUGCCAGGUGGAUCUGCUGCAGACGCCCUGCACGGAAAGCAGCUGUGCAGCAGCCGCGCUGACGGUGACAGCUGUGACAGACUUUGCGCAGGAUGGGAACCGCAUCACUCACAUCAGAGCGAAGCCAGCCAAAUGGAGCGAACUGCUCUGGAGGGCUUACACACCAACGGAUGUAAAGGUCACAGUUCAAGACCUCCCAACAGGGAACUGCUACUCUUUCACCGAUCCACACAUUAUCACGUUUGAUGGAUGGCGUUACGAUAAUUAUAAAAUCGGCACCUUCCUUUUGUGCCAGAGCCUGUCGCGGGUGUUUGAAGUGCAUGUUCGGCAGUGGGACUGUGGAAGUCACCGCUCUGCCGCAGCCUGCAACUGCGGAGUAGCUGCACGAGAGGGGAAUGACACUGUUGUGCUGGAUAUGUGCAACGGUCAUUUUCGGGAAACCAAACCACAGCUAGCCAUCAAAAGCGCUGACGCAUCGCCACAUGUCAAAAUCCUAAAGUCCUAUGGAGGGAGAAAAAUAACAAUCAUGUUCCCUUCAGGAGCAUUUGUUCGCGCCGAUGUGAGCGAGUGGGGAAUGAGUUUGACGGUGAGGACGCCGAGCAGCGACUUUAACAGCACCCGAGGUUUGUGUGGCAUCUUUGACAGGAACGGCCGUAAUGACUUCCACCGCGCUGGCGGGGGGCCCCGCCGCCCGCGGCAGAGCAAUACGCCCGAGGAAGACUUCAUAGAAGAGUGGAGAAUACCUCCAGGGAAGAGUUUAUUUGACAAGACUCCAGCACCUUCUGAAGGGAAGCAAAGGAAAAAGUACUGCAGAUGUCAGAAGGUGAACACUAAGUCUUGGCACUCGGUAAACACGCUGAACACCUUUCAGAACUCUUACUCUCAGUCUUUUGGUUGCCGUUAUGAAAAUGUGGAUUAUGCUUCUGCAAUCCCCUAUCUAGAUGUUACCUCAGAAUUUGUCUCUCACCCAGAAACAGAAGCUACUUUAAGAAAUGGGAAACUGCUGGCCAAGCCCUAUCCUCAAAGAUAUCUUCCAAAAUCAGUCAAAAAGCGGCGUAGCCCUGAGGACCGAUUAAAGACACUCACGCACUUUAUUAAACCAGCAGAAGAACUGCAGAGAGCAAAACAGCAAGACGACCAUUACGAAUACUCAUUGUUUUAUCCAUUGCAAAGCCCAAGCCAUAUAGACUCAGAGAGCUUUGCAUAUUUUUUCCCAGAGGACUACUUUGAAGGGAUUCGGACAAAACUCCCACUGGCAUGGCCUACUCCUAAUGGCCUAACCUCUGCCAAAGCUCUGAAGAUUUGCCACCAGAUUCUUGCAAAUUCCACCAUUGGCUUAGUGUGUAAAGGUGUCCUUGGAAAGCAAAUGGAUGAGGCAAUUGAUAUGUGUCUUUCAGAUUUGCAACUCAAGGAUGAUGUGGCCUGGGUGAGUGCGCUGAUAGCCCUUUUGGAAAAUGAAUGUGAAAGAAGAGUGCUAGGAAACAGAAGUAAACUGUUCAGUGCAGGAAACGGGCCAUCUGCUAGCCAGGAAGACAUCCUCACCAUUCUCCGGUGUCCUGAUUUCUGUAAUGGCAAUGGACAAUGUACAGAAUUGGGCUGCCAGUGCUUUGAAGACCACAGCUCUUACGACUGCAGCACUGCCAAAAGUUUGAAACAGGAAGAACAUCCUGGCUGGGAGGGACUGAAACUGCAGGAGCAAACUUUGGAAAUCACAGGCUUAGAGAACGGGGGCUUCUGCGAUAUCCGAGUCUCUGACUGUAGCAGGAUCCAGGUGUUUGGCCUCGGUUUCAAAGAUUCUCAUAACCUGCACUGCAAGGUCACCAGAUUAAUUCAUCUCAAUGGCAAAUGGAUAUCAGGAGAACGAGAAACCACAAAAGCGGAUUUUCUCAGCUCUAAGGCUGUUGACUGCCAGAUUCCUCUUCUGAACACUACAGAGACAGAGGCUGUGCACUUUGUGGCUGGUGACGAGCCGUUCGCAAGAUGGCAAGUGAAAAUCACUAAUGAUGGCUUCCAGUACAGUAAUUCCAAAGUUCUGACCCUGUAUGAUGCAGUCUGCCAGGCCUGUGAAUUCCAUCCAACCGGACUUUGUAAAUUAAAGGAAAACACUUGUAAUAUAGAUGGACUUUGCUAUGGUGAAGGGGAGUCAAGCCCUACCAGUCCUUGUCUUCUCUGUGAACCUGACGUUUCUAAGUUCGCCUGGUCUAUUAAUGAAAACAACCUACCUCCUGUGUUCCAAGCCCCCUCCAGCCAGCUAUUGACGUUUAUUGGUGAGAAUUUUGUUUACCAGCUAAUAGCAGUGGAUCCGGAAGGGUCAGCUGUGCUAUUCAUCUUAGAGGCUGGGCCUCAGGAUGCCAGGCUCUCUCCUGCUGGCCUUCUCAUCUGGAAAGUUGAUUCAGAAAAAAUGCAGACCUUUGAAUUCACUGUGUCAGAUGAAUGCAAUGCACAGAGCAGAUACUCUAUUGAGGUUCUAGUGAAGCCCUGCAGCUGCAUCAAUGGUGGAAUAUGUGUUACCAAUAUCAAAUUCCCUCCAGGCCUUGGUGAAUAUCUGUGCUUAUGUCCAAACGGAUUUGAUGGAAAAUUUUGCCAGGAAGAUAUUAAUGACUGCAAAUCAAACCCAUGCGGAAGUGGAACAUGUGUGGACAGUGUGGACAGCUACAUCUGUAAAUGUCCCCCUGGUUUGGAAGGGCUUACUUGUCAAGAAGACAGGAAUGAAUGUGAAGAGAACGUUUGUUUUCCUGGAGUGUUUUGUAUGAACACCUUUGGAUCAUAUAUAUGUGGGAUUUGCCCCCCUGGGAUGGAGGGAAAUGGUAAAACUUGCAAAUCUGUGCUUGCUGCUGACAUUACAAAAGGUUCCAUCACUGACAAUUACGAUGGCAAAGGUGAUCUGAACACGACUGAGGUUGAACGUCCAGUGCAACCCUUAGAGGCAAAGAAUCCUCCUGUAAUUAAGAAUAUUAACAUAAGUGAUACACGCGCACCCCUGCCACACAUUACCACCUGUGCCAAUAGGCCAUGUUUCCCUGGAGUCUUAUGUUUUGAUCGGAAACCACCUUACAUUGGAUACUUUUGUGGCCGAUGUCCAGCAGGGUUUUUUGGAAAUGGCCGAGUAUGCACCAAAGUUCCCAGACCAGUUUCAAGAUCUUCCCAAAGCCAUAUGGAUAUUGCUGAAAGAAACAGUGACGAUGGUACAAGCUCUCACCAGGAAGAUGCUUCACAGAUACGAAGAAAUAUUUAUUCUGUUCUUUCCCAAACCCAAAUUCCAACACAAGAAACUACAUAUUUUCUAGGAAGACAUCCCACAGUCAUUAGCACUCCACCCCUUACAAUGAAAAGGAAUUUUUCGCAGGCUCAGAUAUCAUCAACAAAAAGAAGUGAUAUGGAGUCCCUAUCACCUGAGAAACAGUCUUUUCUUGAAAAAAUAAAGAUUGGCAGUGAUAAACACACUUUCCUUCUGCAUGAGGAACCAGACCCCAAAGUAGCAACUGUCAGUAUGACCACCCAUAUCCCUCUUCUUUUUAAACAAAAUACGCCAGGUAUAAUACAGACUGCCCCUUCUCAUCUCAAGAUAAAUGCCAGUUCAUUCUUUACAAGGCCACAUGCUGUUCAGCAAACUCGUUCCACAUAUGGCUAUUCUCCUAGGAAGUGGCUAAGCAGGGUCACAGUCUCAAAGACCAAAGCAUCCCAAGAUUUUGGAAAAGAGCAGCAAAGAACAUCUCCUUUGGCAUCACGCCUUACUUCCUCAUUUCAUUUAACAGGUCAUUCUUUUGAUACAGCUCCCCCGAGUGCUAACCUCCCAUUUGGGCCUGUUUUCCAAGCAAGGCAUCCAGCACAGACCACAGCAAUCAGAAAAGCACACAGCAUAGCAAGGGAUCAUCUGGAACUGCCAAAAACCCUAAGUGGGACGCAACGCCAAAAAGUCCUUUGCGCUAAUACGCUGUGCUUCACUGGCGUGCAAUGCGAGCCAGCCAAAGACGGAGGAUUUAAAUGUGGGCCUUGCCCUCCUGGAUACGGUGGUAAUGGAACUACAUGUGAAGUGCAGUGUGAUCCACCAUGUGAGCACGGAGGAACCUGUGUAUCUCAAAAUACUUGUUCUUGUGCUUACGGAUUUGUUGGUCCUCGAUGUGAAACAAUGGUUUGUAACAGGCACUGUCACAACGGUGGGAUCUGUGUGUCACCAGAUGAGUGCAAAUGCAAAAAUGGAUGGAGCAGCCCUUCUUGCGAAAUAGCUGUGUGCAAUCCUGUGUGUUUAAAUGGAGGAAUCUGUGUACGGCCAAAUACGUGCACAUGUCCUUACGGUUUUUACGGACCACAGUGCCAGAGAGCUGUUUGCAUUCCUCCUUGUAAGAAUGGUGGUCACUGUGUUCGAACCAACGUGUGCUCCUGUACUGAGGGUUACAUGGGCAGAAGGUGUCAGAAAAGUGUCUGUGAUCCCAUGUGCAUGAAUGGAGGGAAAUGCGUAAGCCCAAAUGUCUGUGACUGCCCAUCUGGUUGGAAGGGAAAGCACUGUAAUAAACCUGUUUGCCUGCAGAAAUGUCUGAAUGGUGGAGAAUGCAUAGGUCCAAACAUCUGUGAGUGCUCUGAAGGAUGGACAGGAAUGCUGUGCCAGAUUCCACUUUGUGAGCAAAAAUGUCCGUUUGGAAGCAGGUGCAUAAGACCAAAUGUCUGCGCUUGCAGAAGUGGCUAUACUGGUUCAGCAUGUGGAAAGAAGACUCCUGCUGAUGGGUCUCUGCAAUAAAAAGACGCACUCUAUACCCUCUCCUAAGCUCCCAAUAGGAUGAAGAUAACAUAACAGCAGGACAAUGAAGACAAUCAUUUGGAUAUUGGUAAUCUGGCACUGCGCACAUUUUUUGUUCAGGAAGAUGCAGUGUGAAGAAGUUGCUAAUCUUCUCCUUUCUACCCUUAUAUAAUCAUACAGAAGAAUAAAAAUACCUUAUCAUACAUCAAGAAAUCUACCUUUAUUUCUAAAAUUGCCUGUCAUGGCAAGGUUCAAAUUCAUUUUCUGUAGCUGUAGUUACACCAUCACAAUGACUGCACCUGACAACAGCAAAAUUUUAAAAUGAUACAGACUAUUUUAUAAAGAUUUCAGUGCCAUGUUAUCCUGCUUUCAUUAAAAUUUGGAAGGCACAGAUAAAUUGCCUCAUUUCUUCUCAUUUUUUAGGCAAGUGUAUUUAUCCAUAAUCUAGAGAAAAGGGAAUAAAUAAGAACCCGCUUGCACCAAGAAAUUUCAGAGACUACUGACAGAAAGGCCUCAAUGAUGUUUAAUUAACAGUAGCUCCACUCUGUAGUAUCAUUGAGCUAACUGAGUAACUGAACAACUGCUAAAGCCAAAUGCUUUAGUUUUCUAAGUUGCUAAUGUGUCAGCAGUUAUUUAAGAUGCUGGAUUUUCCCCCAGUGCUCUGAAUUGGAGAUAUCAGUACGGUAUCUGUUGAAAAGUUGGCAUUUAGUUGCCUCUACCCCGGAGUUCUCCUUCGCUCUCUGUAAUGGUUACAAACUGGCCCUGAGUGAGUCAACAAGCUUAACAAGGCCCCAUGUAGCCACGGUACUUUAA